UUAGUGCGCGCCCCGCCCGGCGCCGUCCGGGUCCCCGCGCCCUCCCGGCCGGGGCGCGCCGCCCCUAGCUCGGUGCGGUCCGAGCUGCACGGGAAAGCUUGCAGAACGAGCGGAGAGCCGCGUGUGCGGGGAAGGUGAUGACUGCGGCGGUAUGGAGUUCCCGGAGCACGGCGUGCGGCUGCUGGGCCGCCUGAGGCAGCAGCGCGAGCUGGGGUUCCUGUGCGACUGCACUGUUCUCGUGGGCGACGCGCGCUUCCCUGCGCACCGCGCUGUAUUGGCCGCGUGCAGUGUCUACUUCCAUCUCUUCUACAGGGACCAGCCCACGAGCAGCCGCGACACAGUGCGGCUCAACGGCGACAUCGUCACGGUACCCGCCUUCAGCCGCCUGCUGGACUUCAUGUAUGAGGGCCGCUUGGACCUGCACAGCCUACCUGUCGAGGACGUCCUGGCUGCCGCCAGCUACCUGCACAUGUAUGACAUCGUCAAGGUCUGCAAGGGCAGACUCAGAAAGAAGGACCCAGAUCUGGAGACCCGUACGCUGGGGACAGAGCUUCCUGGGCAGCCACCGCAUCCCCUGCCUUCCUGGUCCCCUGCCUUCUGCCAAGCCGCACAAAAAGCCAAACCCCCAUCUCUAGGGGUCAAGGCUGCCCAUCCCCUGCCAACAUUUGGACCUCCGUCUUGGCAGGUUGCAGAGCAGACAAGUGGGGCCCUGGACCUGUCAUUGAAGCCUAGCCCAAGACCGGAGCAGGUCCACCCACCCUGUCUCCUCCAGACAUCCCUCUGCAGCUCUAUACAGCAAGUGGCCCAGCCUCUGGUGAAGGCUGAGCAAGAUUCGUUCUCAGAACAAGAUAGCAGCAGCCCGCGGAGUGCGGACCAGUCCCCACCACCAGUCUGUGCUUCUGCAGCCCAGGGCCUGGCAGUGGACUUGGAGCCACUGCACAUCCAAGGGACGGGCAGCCAGCAGCUUGGGCUGCAUGCAGAGCCAGUGGUGGACAGUGAAGAGCUGGGUUCCAGCAGGCACCUUUGCAUUUGCCCACUGUGCUGCAAGCUGUUCCCUAGCACCCACGCACUGCAGCUGCAUCUCAGCGCCCACUUCCGAGAGCGGGACAGUGUCCGUGCCAGGCUCUCCCCCGAGGGGGCCGUGCCCACGUGCCCACUCUGCAGCAAGACCUUCUCCUGCACAUACACGCUGAAGAGGCAUGAACGGACACACUCUGGGGAGAAGCCCUAUACCUGCGUGCAGUGUGGCAAGAGCUUCCAGUACUCACACAACUUAAGCCGCCAUGCUGUGGUCCACACGCGGGAGAAGCCCCAUGCCUGCCGCUGGUGUGAGCGCCGAUUCACACAGUCUGGUGACCUGUACCGCCAUGUCCGCAAGUUCCACUAUGGCCUGGUCAAGCCCUUGCUUGUGUGAAGUGUUGGAGGGAGAGAAGGGGCAGGGUCUCCUGGGCGACUCCGGGGCACAGGAAGGCAGCACAGGCAGGUGGUAGCUCUGCCCCAAAGCUAGAGGGUUGCACCAGCCAACCUGAAUGAAUGCUGCUGCUUCUUGGAUGGGUCGCCGCCUCCUCCCCUUCUCCCCACCUCACACCUGAGGUUGUACCCUGCCCAGUUAGGGACACUUCCUUCCUCUCUAGCAAGGUUCUAGGGUGCCUGACCUGCCCGCUCACUGGGCAGUGAGGGGUAACUCCAUUUUCCUGCCCCGGGGCUUCCCUGACCUGCUGGGAUACUUGAGAGUGUCCUCCUGUGCCUAAUGCCAUGAUAGAAUGACUCAACUUGUCAAGAAAGUCAUUGAUGCAAGUGUCUUAACAGGGUGCACUGAGUGAGCAGGCCGUUCCUGGUGAGUGACAGCAGGAGCCCCUGUUGAGAAGGCCUCGGGCACAACAAGUACCAGCGGGGGCCAUAGAGAUACAGCUGGCCUUUCAGAAGGCAUAGCCCCAGCGGGGACCCCAAGCAUCAUGAGGAGGGCGGCUGAAGCUGGGUGUCCCUGGAGUGGCUGUUAUCGGGGUAGGACGGGGUGGGACUUUGGACAACGAAGGGGAAUUUGGAAAUGGAUUGUCUUUAUAUCUGGAGCCUCCCCAGGCUACUCUGUGUCUGCUACUGGUUGAGGACCCUGCACGUGUCCCCUACUGGCUUCAUGGGGCUGGGGAUGGCAGGUUUUGCCAUGAGCCAAGCUUUGCAUGUUGACGCUGCUGCUGCUGUGUUCCAGCAGGCCUGACCCUAGGAGCCGCUCUCUUGCUUUCUGAGGGUCUCCCUGGAGCCGCGGUCAUUCUCAUCCAGCUUUAACGGGAGCAAUGUUGGCCGCGCCACCUCCUGCAGAGGCCAUGGGUAGGAGCAGCUGUCACACAGGGAGAAGGGAGGCAGAUUGUCCCUUCAUCUACAGCCCUGGAAGGAAGGCUGGUGCCCUUGAAAUGUGAAGGACUUUGCCCUCUGCCUCUGCCGUGGAUAUGGGCCACCUUACUUUGACGACCUGCACCCCAAGCAAGCCUUGGUCAUUUCAGGAAGGGGUUGGGGCAGGAUGGGGGUGGCCUCAGCAAGUGGUCGCACUGCCCUCCCCCCAGCAGGGCUGUCUCUGCUGAUUGCACGUGGCCCCGAGGACAGGUGGGCGAAUCUAAGUCACGUGUCUUCUGCUGACGCUUGAUGUAUUUACUUGCUUGGUCUGGAGUGAAGUGGCAGUUGGUCUCCCCAAGGUGGACAGACCCACUGUGCAUCUCCUAACUGUCUCUGUGCUCACCUACUAUGUCCAUGGCUGCCCUGGGAAGCUGGUUCUGGCCAGUGAUGCCCCAAGCCUGGAGGCCCAGGACAAGCUGCAGCACAGAGCUGGGGAAGAGGCGGUGCUGUCCUGGCUUCUGACUCCACCUCUGGAGCGGCUGGUAGGACCCUGUGACUUAUGGUCCCAACAAUCCCUCGCUCCCUCCCUCCCUCCCUCACCCAACCCCUUGUGUGUGUGUGUGUGUGUGUGUGUGUGUGUGUGUGUGUGUAGUACUACACGUGUGUAGGCAGAACACCCCUGUGUUGGUUUUUCCUCUAGUGCUUGCUUGCCCGGGGCAGGUUGCCUACCCUGAGUCAACACUGGACUCUCGUCGUCUUUGGUGCACAGUUACUGUGAAAUUAACAAAGAAUGGUGACUGGUUAUACGCUUAUAACUGGCAUGGUUCAGUUGCGUGUAUGUAUAUGUCUGAUAUGCUACCUGUGUGGAGAACACAGGACAGCUGUAGAAGGGGUCCAGGUGCUUUCUGCUGUGUGGGGUUCCCUGGGCCAACCCAGCUACUGUUCCUGCCUGUGGUCUCACUGCUGCUCGGCCCCUGGAGGGACCACUGGGAAAUGACUCCACAGGACAGUUCUGCCCAGGUUUGCACAGCCCUGCUUGCAGCGCCGGCUUCCUAGUCCACACCCUCUGCUGGUCACGAUGGCAGUGUAAUAAAGCCAA